GUCUGCAGAGUUGAGUGUGUGUAUGUGUGGGCCGCUAUACGGCGGUAUUGAUUCCUCAGUACAGUUUCAGCCAUCUUGAAUUCAUCAGUUGGAAAAGUGAAAUUUAUACUAAGAUUUACUUGAAUAUUAAUUAAUUGUUAACAAUUUUCUCCUUUAUUCGAGUGCUUGCUUCAACAGAGCUGUAAAUGCUGAUUCUCGUUUAAUAAUAUAGUGAUGUAAUUGUCAGUGAAUUAUGUUUUUACAGAAAUAAUUCGUGUCACUGAAAACGAUGUUUAUUUUUCAGAAAAAUAUGAAGUUUCGUUUCCCCUGUUUAUGAGAUGUAAUAAGAAUUUAGAUAUUUUAUUGUGAUUAGUCUAGCCGAGUUAGUUUAUAAAUAGUUUUACGAUGAACGAGACGGAGUUAUUGAGGCAGGAGACGGAGCAGCUCAAGAGUGCCAUCAAGGAACGACGUAACGCUGUUAACGAUGCGUCGCUUACAGAGCGUACGCAGUCCAUGAACCAAGUCGGACGCAUUGUUAUGCGUACACGACGAACACUCAGAGGACAUCUGGCAAAAAUAUACGCAAUGCAUUGGGCUUCGGAUUCGAGUAGGAACCUGGUGAGCGCUAGUCAGGAUGGAAAACUGAUUGUCUGGGAUAGUUACAGCACAAAUAAGGUGCACGCCAUACCUCUGCGUAGCUCUUGGGUUAUGACCUGCGCAUAUGCUCCUUCUGGUGCGUAUGUAGCUUGUGGAGGCUUAGACAAUGUGUGUAGUAUAUACAGUUUGAAGACCAGGGAGGGGAACGUUAGGGUCUCAAGGGAGCUCCCAGGACACACUGGGUACCUGUCUUGUUGCCGAUUUAUCGAUGAUAAUCAGAUAGUUACCUCCAGCGGAGAUAUGACCUGCGCGCUCUGGGACGUUGAGACAGGACAGCAGAUGGCUGUGUACAACGGUCAUACUGGAGAUGUUAUGUCACUAUCUCUCUCUCCGGAUCAUAGAACUUUCGUAUCAGGAGCAUGCGAUGCUUCAGCUAAGUUGUGGGAUGUCAGGGAUGGCAACUGUAAACAAACAUUUACUGGACACGAAUCCGAUAUCAACGCUGUCACGUUUUUCCCUAACGGAUACGCCUUUGCUACCGGCUCAGAUGACGCAACUUGUCGGCUCUUCGAUAUCCGUGCUGAUCAGGAGUUAUGUAUGUACAGUCAUGACAACAUAAUCUGCGGGAUAACUAGUGUAGCGUUCAGUAAGUCUGGACGUUUACUCCUGGCAGGAUACGAUGAUUUCAACUGUAAUGUCUGGGACAGUAUGCGUGCAGAGAGAGCAGGUGUCCUGGUUGGACAUGAUAACCGUGUUAGCUGCCUGGGAGUAACAGAUGAUGGUAUGGCGGUGUGCACCGGAUCCUGGGAUUCAUUCCUAAAAGUCUGGAACUAGAUUUUCAGUCGGAAGAUUGCUGACGUGCUAAUAGGAAUCGCACAAGGACGAUUUAUAUAUAUUUAGUGCAACCGCAAAUUCAAAAUUUUGCGCUCGAAGUUGCGUGAAAACUUUUCGCUAACUUCAAUACUUUCAAGAUUUGUACUGUACAUGGUCAAGUACGUUAGGUACAAUGCGUACUGAAGUGUACGUUGAUAUUAUCCAAAAUAGAAGAACGCCUUUUUUACACUUCCUUUACGCCAAUAAAGUGAACAGUUUACUUCGUCUACAGUCUUAAGUGUUUAUAUAUCUAAGUUGUUAUAUUAUGUUGUUCAAAAAUAUUUUUAAAAUAACAUUUUAUCAAUAUUUUUAUCGAUUUUUAAAUAUUUAAGUAGUUUCUGCAUUUAAUUGUUUAGAUUCUUAUGCCCCUCUCCUCCCCCAACACUGCUGAAACUUCGUCUAGAGCACAAACAAAUUUAUUUAACACAAAAACAUGAUUUGAAAAAAUAUUUAAAUCCCGCACAAUGAUGAUCCCCGCAGAAAUGUAACAGAUAUCUAUCAGGGCCUCAAUCGGUUAUAUUUAUAAUAUAAUAAUUUAUUCAAAACAUUCUUCAACGUUCAAGGAUUAUGUAAGAAUUAUUUGAGUGUUAUAUUUCUAACUGAUGAAGGCCCCAUUUUUUUUUAUCUCCGCUGAUUUAUUAUUUGUGAUUACAUCGUUGAACUAGAAAAUAGGGUGCAAGGAAUGCCUGGUGAAUAAUAGCGAUUAAAAACGAUUUAAUCGCUAUUUUCUAGAUUUUUGCGCAAUCCAGCUGUUCCUUGUACCUUUGAAAAUGUGUGGUUGAAUACGUUUUUACUAUGAGUGAUUGUUUCAAGGCUUCUCACUUCCCCCCAAACGGCUAAGUAAAUACACUAGUAAUGCCAUAUUAUUAAACAUUUUCACAAAUGGUUGUAAUUAUUCUUCAAUACUUAUAGCUUGAAUAAUAAUUAUAUAUUAAUUUGUAGUAUAUCGUGAAUGCUUUGUGAACUUAUAGUGUGAGAUAACCUGUGUAAGAGGGCGUGUCUAAUUACUUACUCCGCCCUCUCACCGUAAUCAUCGUAAAAAUAAAAUAUUUCUCAACUUA